UGAUAUUACCGUAAUUACUAGAUUACAUGAGUCUUUCCUGAGGGUUAUACCCACAUAGCAGACUGCAGCCGUGCAGGACAAGAAUACAGUAUAUACGGUAGUAAAAUGAGCUACAGAAGCACCGCGUUCCUUUUACGUUGCUGGAAAUGUAGAAAGUAUGUAACAAACUCGACAUGUAUCAUCAACGAUGAAGAAUGCACAGAAACUCUGGAAAUUCUGAUUCAAUGUCCAUCUCAGGAGACCUGUAAUAUAUGGCAUCUAGAAGUUGAAGCAAGUCCAAACUGGAUAAAAAAGGAGAUUGAGAAGGAACACUGGACGGCUGGUAAGCUGCACUGUCCAUAUUGCAGAACACGUCUCGGGGCCUUUAACUUUGUUCACAGCACCAAAUGCUCCUGUGGCAGGCUUGCAGUCAUACGCCUUUGUAAGAGCAAAAUUGAUGUGGACGUUGCUGUGAAAACACCAUGCCAAGCUUCAUCUGCCUCUAAAAUUUCUACACAUUUUGACAAGAAAUUCAAAAAAGGGAUGGCAGAACAUCACAAGAGAAACUGGAUCAUGGACAGAUAUGUGGCUGGGACAUUAGUGGAUGCGCUGUGCCUUGAAGUGCCUAAACAUGACAAGUACUUUGAGCCAAGUGGUGAAAGACCUUACAUCACCUUCAAUGUUAAGAACUACAACUCAGUAUUACAGGAACGAAAGGCAAACUGUAAUAGAAAUAAAUGUGCUUCAUAG